AUGAAAUUCCUGAUCGCUUUCGCUUGCCUUCUGGCUCUGGCCUGUGCCAAUGAAGAUGCCGGUGUACUGCGUAAUGAAGCCGAGGUCAAUGUGAAUGACUUCAAGUAUGCGUUGCAGCUGGACAACUCCGUGAACAUUGAGCAACAGGGUGCACUAAGUGGUGAGGAAUGGGUAGUGAAGGGUCAACAUUCGUGGACUUCGCCGGAGGGCGAGCCUGUUUCCAUCCAAUACAUCGCAAACGAGAACGGAUACCAAGUUCUGUCCGCCAACCCACCACUGCCGACCCCACCACCAAUUCCAGAGGCUAUCCAAAGGGCGCUGGAAUAUAUUCGUGCUCAUCCCUCCCAGGACCAGCAGUAA